CCGAAACUUCCCUUCAGCCCGCGCCAGGCCAUUGGCUCGCAGCUGUUCUAUAGGCGGGGCUCCGAGGGUUACAGGUCCCGCUUCUGAUUGGCUGGCACCUCGAAGUGUCGCAAUUGGAGAUCAGAGGAGGUGAGUCCGGGGGGGAAAGCGUUUUGUUGGUGCCUGGGAAAGGGGAGCUAAUGGAUUCGGGACUCCGGACGGGCCUGACCCGUGUUCGCAGCCGCCAUGUUUCUGCGUGGUAAACGUUCGUGUGAAUCGGUGGCUGGAGACUGAGGAGGGUCUGUAUCUCUCACCCCUUGCACGGGAUUGUGUGAACGGCCUGAGCUGCCAUAUCGCUUUCCAACCCUUACAGCUGAAAUUCCAGGUACAUUUAUCUGGGAGUAAGUCCCACUGAAGUCAGCAAGGUUUACUAAGGAGUAAACUUGUGUAAGGGCAGAUUUGGAUGCCUUGCUCUCCAAACCUCACUUUUUGACUCCCCCCGACCCACUUUCUGUGGUGAAAGAAGGAUGCGUGUUUAAAAACAGAUUAGGAAUAGCUACUCCUCCACUCAAGAACACUUGUUGCUAUUAUACAGUGUGUAACGAGAUGCUAAUUUUGUUUUAUUUAGAACAUUUCUAUAUUGCCCUCCAGUUAAAAAAAAAGGCCCCAGUUUACAACAUAUCAACAAACAAUAAAACAACAGCAAUCCAAACCACAAUGAAAGUUGAAGGCUGAACAACCUCAGCUAAGUGAUGGGAGAAAAGCAUAACAGCCUUGGAUUAAUGCCUAAAAGAUUAAUACUGGCAGCAGGUGAGCCUCCCUGGAAGUAAUGCAAAUGCAAAAGUCUUACCCCAAGACGUCAAGCAUGCUUCCUCAAGAUGGCAGGGGUUCCUGGAAGUAAAAUGGCAAAAAAGGGGGUCUUAUUUUAUUGGGAAGCUGAUACAAGAGGAAAACUUGGCGGGCAGCCAUAGCUUACUGGUAGAACAGAUGAAGGUGUGCUGAAAAUAAGUUCCAGGGAGUAUCUGAUCACAGAUGAGCCCACCCACAGGUAAGAUGCAUCCUCCAGGACCUCGGGAAAUUCCUAUUGCCUGGUGUCAAAACAAUUCAUCAGUCACAGCUCUGACUUGUUUUGUUGGCUAAAUACCCAGAAAUGAAGGAGCAACCAGGCUGGCUUACCUUAUAGAAAUCACUUUGAUGAGAACCUGCAUCUUUUGCUUCGAAACCUAUUGUUAUGAAGCCUAGAGACUUCCCUAAAAGAGGUCACCACCACCUGGAGUUAGGGAAGCAGGUUCUUUUAUGUUUUUCCUCUGCUUGUAUCUUUUUAUCUUAAGAGAAGUCAAAGGAAGUGAUUCAUUUUUAGGGGGGGGGGAAUAAAUAAAAAUAAAUAAAUAAUUAUCCCAUAGGGUAAUUUUUUCUACUAGAGAUGAUUUAAAAAGAGAAAAGGGGAAAAAGCUGAGUUACUACACCUAACCCCCCCAAAGUUAUGCUAUAAAUUACUUUUUGCACUAGCCUAAGAGGAUCAUGUUUAUUUGAAAUGGUUUAUUUUUAUUUUUUUUUAUUAUUAUUAGAAUUUAUAUACAACCCUAUACCCCAGGGUCUCAGGGCGGUUCACAGAAUAAAAUCAGGAUAUCAAAUCACAAAAUACAUAAUAAAAAUAAAAACAACAACCCAAUAGCAUUUAUUUCUUUAAAUGCUGUUUUUCUGAAGUUUGAAGGAGCUUAUGAAAUAAAAGCAAUACAUUACAUUCCCCAGCCCCCCAAAAAUCCCAAAACCAAUACCUUAAAACAGCCAGCCCAAUUUAUACAAUGCUAGAUAACUAGCAAAUUGGCUGUUACUCUGUAUUCUCAGUUUCCCAUAAGCAAAUGUUAUUUGCAUGAUGAGGUCUCUUGGAGCCCUCUGUGCAACCUUUUGAGUUUUUGUUACUGGUUCAAGGAGCAAGUCAGGGGCUGAAGAGAGUUCACAGUGGGCAACCGCUAGCCAAGAUCAGGGGCCCUGGAAUCAUAUAAAACAGCAAGGGGAAGCCUGUAGCUUUGCAGGUGUUUCCUGGACUACAACUCCCAUCACUCUUGGCUGUUUGCCAUGCUGGCUGGGGCUGAUGGGACCUGAAGUCCGGCAAUUUCUGGAGCUGUGUCCCAGGCUCCGCAUUUGUGGUGUAGAACAAGCAUGAGGUGGUGGUUGCUGAGGAGCGUUCACAUUGAUGAACAUGCAUUGGCCUACUUAGGUGACAGGUGGCAGUUAGCUAGGGUUUGAGGCAGAAAUAAUAGGAUCAAGGAUUGUUACCCAAGGUUUAUCUUCCGUCUAUGGGAACCCCAAGGGCUGCUCCUGUGCUCAGUGUCUUCUUCACAACCUAAGGCAAGGUUUGAUGUUGCAAAGGAUUCUGGGACACAGUCUCUGUUUUGUGCAGGGAGUGAGCCAUUCCGCAAGCAGCAAAUAUGCUGGAGCAGAGCUUUGGUUUCCUCCUUUUGAUGUCUGGUCCUUGGCAGCUUCCUGUCUGUGUGAGCAAGAGGCGAAGCUUAUACAAUAUGGGUUAUCCUUUCUUGGCCAGCAGAGGGCACCCACCUCCCUCCUUCUGCGUAUGGGGGGGGCGGAAAUCAUAAAUUGCAGUACUUGGACAUAGCUAAUUUAUGAGAUGAUUUGGCUGGCCUUCAGUGACCCACUUUCUCUCAGGCUUUAAGCUACGUCACCAGGUUGUUGUGAAGAUGCCAUGAAAGGUGGAUAAACAGAGACCUUAACUGAGCAUUUAAAAAAUACCGUAUGCGAUAAUUUUGAAGAAUAGGGACGUUUUUCAAAACUGCCAUAUGAGCACAUUUUUUCUCUCAGAUUCGUCAUUCCUCCUUUCUUCCUCUCUCUCUCUCUCUCUGAAGCAGGAACAUCUGCUAACGUUCCCUCUUCCACACAAGUGCUAAAAAACGGGGCAGGGUAGAGCCUUUGCAUCCAAUUACCCUACUUGGAAGGGUAGGAAUUUUGUCUUUGCAUUCAGCCAGCUGCCACAGUGGGAAACCCACCAGAAAGACCCGGGCACAGCAAUUCUCCCUGCUUUCGAUUCCCAGCAAUGGGUGUUCAGAUGACAGUGGAGGUAGAAUAUAAUUAUUGAUUUGAUGUGUGUGUGUGUGUGUGUGUGUGUGUGUGUGUAGAUUAGGGAUGGAAGGAUCUGCCCAAUGCUUUGUGUACUUCCAGUACUGAAAUGGGAUUGUUUUGUGACAAGGAAAGCAAUGGAGAAAUGCACUGGAAAAUGUAGGAUAACACACCUUCCAACAUUUCUCCACUGAAAAUAGGGACAUCUUACUCCAUCAUCAUCAUCAUCGCCAUCAUCAUCAUGUUAUUAUACACUGCCCAUCUGACUAGGUUGCCCCAGCCACUCUGGGCAGCUUCCAACAUAUAUAAAAACAUAAUCAAACAUUAAGCAUUAAAAAACUUCCCUACACAGGGCUGCCUUCAGACAUCUUCUAAAGGUUGUAUCUCUUGGGGGGGGGUCACAUAACUCCCUACCCUCUGACAUUUCUCCGAUGAAAAUAAGGACUUCCUAAGGGAAAGCGGGACAUUCCGGGAUCAAAUCAGAAACUGGGACAGUUUCUGUAAAUCUGGGACUCUCCCUGGAAAAUAGGGACUAUUGGAGGGUCUGGGUGGGAUAACAGUUGCUUGAUGUAGCAUUGCGUAACCUCACUGCAAGCACAUUGGACAAAAUGCUGAAUAAAUAGCCAAUACCAUCUAACCUCCUUGCAAAGAAACCUGGAUGAAUACUCCAUAAACAAAUUGUCUGGAAGCAGCUUCCAUCUGCUCUAUUUUGUACAUGUUGGCCCUUCAGAUAUUUGGAGACGGCUGUUGUGUUUUCCCCUUUUCUGCUCCAGUCUAAUAUUAGCCAUUUUUCAUUCUACUCUGCAGGAUCUCUCAAAAUUCAGUAUAUUAGUUUGCUUGGGAUUAAAGCAACAAACAUUUCCCAGUGGCAUGCAAAUUCAAAACACAUUUUCUGACCUUAUUAGACCCAUAGCCUGCUUUCGAAAAGGAAAAGGGGGUGGGAAGACCAUCUCUAAAGGGUACCAGAGUAAAAUGUAAAAUCCUAAAACACGAGCAAAUAUUUAUAUCAAAACAUCCAGAAGUAACUUCCAGGCUCUUCCCCUUUACUGUCUCUCAGCUCGAAAAUGUCCGUGAUACGACUUGGAAAAGUGGUCCCCAAAACCAGCAUCCUCUUCCUGUGUGACAUGCAAGAGAAAUUUCGCCCGAAUAUCAGCUACUUCCCUCAGAUUGUAUCUGUGGCAGCUCGGAUGCUAAAGGUAAAAGUUGUGUAGUGGAGAGGCUUGCUGGGCUAUGAGAAACAGGUGAGGGACGUGGAUAGGGAGGGGAGGAGGGAAGGGAAGGCAAGGGAGGUUAAUUCUAUUAAUUAGCAGGGUUGGCUAACAUCGAUUAAAAGGAAGAAUGUUUUUGGCCUCUUAAGACUAGUUCUGAAAUGGCUCUCCGUGCUGGAAGGCGGAGUGUUCUUCUUGUAAUUGGCACUCUCCAAUAGGUGCCUACAGGAACUGCACCACAGUCAAAGAACUGUAGAGUUUGAAGGGACUCUGAGAGUCAUCUAGUUCAACCCUCCUGAAAUGUAGGAAUAUACAGAUGGCCCAUACAGGGAUCGGACUUGCAACCUUGGUGUUAGCAGCAGCAUGCUAAGAUUCCUGCAUUGCAAGGGGUUCGAUUAGAUGACCCUUGGGAUCCCUUACAACUCUACGAUUCUAUGAUACUAUGCUCUAAACAACUGAGCUAACCUAUUAUGUAUUGGUUGCAGCAGUGUUGAUAACUUGGUUAGGAGCUGGUUUGGGUGCUUAGCGAGUACCUUUAACAUUUGCCACAGUUUGAUUAGAGACCACGGUGAGGGAGAAGAAAAAUAAAUGUUUGCACCAUUGCCACUGACAUAUUUAAUAUAUAUGGCCUCCAAAGCUGCAGCCUUUGCCACCCAUAAAAGCACUAUUAAGCUACCCAGUUGAAGUUACACAGAUGGACACAUGGGGGCAGCCUAAUAUCGACUAACACUGUCUCAUGAGAAGGCUCACUUCCUUCCCAGAGAACCCAGGAGUCCUGCUUUAACCCUCCAAUGGCCUCUCCCCUCUCCCUGCAGGUUGCCAAGGCUCUCGAAAUCCGGACGGUGGUGACCGAACAAUACCCCAAAGGCCUGGGCCCUACGGUGCCAGAGCUGGGUGCUGAAGGCUUGCCGAAAUAUGCCAAGACCUGCUUCAGCAUGGUUACCCCAGAGGUGGAGAAGGAGAUGGCCGCUGUUCCCGACCUGAAAUCUGUGCUUUUGUGUGGGAUCGAGACACAGGCCUGCAUCAUGGUAUGAGGCUGAAGGUCUUCUUCCUCGCAGGGAUACAGAUGUUACUGAUUGACAGGGCACAAGAUCUGACCUCGGGAUAGAUGGGCCUGUGUGUUUGAGCGGUGCCAGGACCCCAAUAGUGAAGAGAGGCCUGGCAGACCAUUUAUCAGCAGGUUUGAUUCUGUUUGUUUAGGGAUCGAUGGAGACCAGGGUUCUCUUCUCCUCGUACAGAUGGUGCCACCGUUUCCCUCCUCCCUUUCAGUUUUCAAAUCCUUAGGAGUCCAGGAAAAAAGCGCUUGGUAUCCCCCCCCCCCUCCAGUUGAAAGGGAAGGAAGGAAUUAAGGCAGUUGCAUUUCCCUUGCUCCUAACUGGAGGGGAAACAUCCUUCUCGGCUAGGAUGCCAAGCCGUGUAGAAGCCAGGGGUGUCCACAGAGACACAAUCCAGGGACAACAGGGACAACUGUGGUGCUGGGACACAGCUCCCUUCAUCCCUGACCAUUGGCCAUGCUGACUGGGGCUGGUGUGAGUUGGAGCCUUAAAAAAAACAUCAGGAGGGCACUGCAUUGACUAUCCCUGGUCUAAGGAGGAGCCUCAGAGCUGGGUGACACAUGAAUAAAGUCGCCACCAAUAAUGGAUGAGUGAUCUCUGAUAAGGGACACAAAUCUAGAAUCUUUUAAGGAAGGCUGGAAACUUUUUCUAGACUAUUUUUUAAAAAAUAUUAUUUUUCAUAAACUUUUCUGAAGUUUAAAGAAAAAAAUAGCAGAAUAUAUUAAGAAACCUGUUAAAGGGGAUGAAAGCGGAUAUGGUGGAAUUUUAAGAUGCGAUUGUAUGCAAUCGUGAUCAUAAGCAUUGAGGGUGGGGGUGAGCAGGAAGUUGUUAGUAUGAGAGAAUAAGGAUUUUAACUGUUGAGUGAUGAAACGUGACUUUGAACCUUGAAAUAAAAGAAAUCUGAAAAAGAAAAUUGGAUGGGUGGAAAUGAGGCGUGUGGUUGACCCGCGUUUGAUGUGUCUUUUCUCUUUGGGUACAGAGCACAGCAUUGGACAUCAUGGAACGAGGCCUGGAUGUUCACGUAGUGGUGGAUGCCUGCUCUUCCCGCAGGUGACUGGUGGGAUGGUCCCAGUGGGCGGCAGGAAAGGGCUCUUUUCCUCCCCCCUUGUAUACUAAUUUCUGUGGUCUUCUUUUCCCCCUCUGGAUUCCAGUCAGCUGGACAGGAUUGUGGCUUUGUCCAGGUUACGCCAGAGCGGUGCCUUCCUCACCACCAGCGAAGGGCUCAUUCUGCAACUGGUCAGAGAUGCCGCACACCCCUGUUUCCAAGAGGUAAUUUCCCAGCCUCCUUUGCACCCCUCAGCCUGCCACCCUCCUCUACUAUAUGGGCUUGUUUGAAUUACUAUACUUAUGCUCAGUAAGCUGGAAUAGGAACAAGACUCGUAUGUUUGCAGACAUACUUCUUCGUGCCUCCCUUUGUCGUGGGAGCGAACAAAUCAGGAACUUUUCCAGUUAGCUAUAGUUUCCUGUGACAUCUGAAUCAGGAAACUCUGGUUUAACAGUUUCUGAGCCAGCCCAGGAUGCUAAGUGAGCCUCAAGGCAUGGUUUAAUAUCCUGGUUUGUGCCAAAGGUAUUUACCAUAGUUUCCCCCACUUUGGACAAAAUGGGAAGUUGUAGUUAAUGAAAGACUUCCUGGUUUGUCAGCUCACCCAACAGGAGAAUUGAAGGGUCUGCGUGUGCAGGCAAAAGACUCGUUCAUAUCUCUGCUUACAAAGCCUUUCAGCCCUUGCCAGCUGAGUUUGCAAUUAGAGAGCGUGUUUAUCUCCACCAAAGAGGUCUCCCACAAACUCCCAAUGAUGUAUAAAUGACUCCCAAUGGUUACCUGUGCAGUUUGGAAGAAGUCUAGAAUUCCUUCCCUUUGGAGGAGAUGGGUUGAAAACACAGGAAUAGCAAUUCUGUCUCCCCUAAUCCAAAGAGGACAAUCGCUUUGAAUAAUCCCUCACAUCUCCUGCCAAACUCUGAUUGGUUAACUUACUGAGAAACUGCAGAGUGUUUGGAAAAAACAUAGGGCCCCUGACAAGAUAUGGGGCUCUUGCCUACAUCUGCUCCUUAUCCCUUUCCUAAAUAAGUGAAUCCCAAGAGCGAGAGCAGAACUAGGAACAAUUCCUGCUCCAGAAUUAGCAGAAAGUUUGAUUUGAUACAUUUAAGGCUUAGUCGAGACCAGGGUUCUCUUUCCCCAGCGCAGGUGGCGAAAUCAGCACAGCAAAGCUAGGAAUAUUAUUGCCAGUUACUGCUGUUGCAAGUGAUUUCUGUGCUUUUUGCAUAGAAAUGUCACUGAUGCUAUCUUCUGCAGCUGUAGCCUUUUGGCCCAUUUGCUCACCGUUCCUCCCUGCCCCCCCCCACCUCAAUAUUCAGACUUGCGUGAGAAAUAUAAAUGAAACAGCAAUCAAAAGAAGAUAACACUUCAUGCAUCUGAUGAUGGCUUGGCCCCAGACCAUGAAAGCUUAUGUCACAAUAAAUCACAAGGCUUCUUUUCGAAAGAACAAGCGUUGCUUCCUUAGGGGAGGCAGAGUUCACAGUCCCAGAGAGGUGGCCUAUGGAUGACCCAAGAUAUUCUGCAAGGCUUUUCUCAUGCAUAUAGGAAGGAGUUAUUUCAGGAUAGUAACAAUAAAUAAUGUUUAUUAUUUAUUCCUUUUGACAACCAAGGUACGACUUUAAUAAGUAAUUUUAAUAGUAAUGAAUUGCCGUAAUCAUUGUUUCCAAGGGGAAAGGGGACGGUUCCCUGACUUAGGAGCUUACCAUUACAAUUUCAACCAUGCAGGGAGGAAAUAAUGGAUAGACAAAGUAAGCAGGCAGGGAGGCAGGCAGAGAGGAGCCUGUCGUCUUCCAGAUAUUGCCAGGACACAGCGUCCCAUCAUCUCCAGCCAACAUGAACAUUUAGUUUAUUGCAUUUAUAUCCUACUUUUUAUCCAAGGGGGUGCACAUGAUUCUCCCCCCCCCCAUCUCAUUUAAUCCCCACCAAGAAACCUGCGAGGAGCGUGAGAAGCUGCCUUAUACCGAGUCAAACCAUUGGUCCAUCUAACUCCAUAUCGUCCACACUGGCUGGCAGCAGCGCUCCGGGGUUUCAGGCAGGGGUUACUGCCAGCCCUACCUGGAGAUGCCUGUUGGGAUUGAGCCUGAGAUCUUCUGCUUGCGAGGCAGAGAUUGCCCAAGGUCACCCAGUGAGCUACAUGGCAGAGGGAGGAUUUGAACCCUGGUCUUCCAGGUCAUCAUCAGACAUUCUAACCUCUACACCAGCCCAGCUCCCAUCGGUCAAGGAUGAUAGGAGCUGGAACCCAACAAGUUUUGGAGGACCACGGGUUCCGCCUUAGUGGGCCACCCCAGUGCUUGUGCCAACAAGAUGUGAAACAAACUCAGGCAAGCCCUGAUUUUGUGAGUAAGACCCAAUCCUGGGGCAGCAGCUUGCCAGGCCAUGAGGACAUGGAGAAGAUAGGCAGCCAAGGCCUGCCUUAUUUAGGAAGGGUGAGCAUGUAUUGCUUCUGCUGUAUUUCCUUGUUUUCUUUCUUCUUAGCGCCUUCUCUAAUCUGGAGCUUGCCGGAUAUUGUUGGACUACAACUCCCAUCAUCCUUGACCAGUGUCCAUGCCAACUGGGGUUUAUAGGAGUUGGAGUCACAGCUUCUGAAAGGCAACCAGAUUUGUGGGGCCGGGGGGUGGGGUAACUGCCUCGGAAGAAGGUUUUGAAAGAAAGCAUAGUUGGUAGCCCCGGAAGAUUUCACGUCUGCAUCUCCUUCUCUCUCUUUUCAGAUCCAGAAGUUGAUUAAGGACCCUGCCCCAGACAGCGGCCUUCUCCCCCUCCUGAAAGAACCAGGCCCCCUUUUCAGCUAAGCCAGCUGCUCCAUUGAUCCUCCUCCUUGCCGUAAAGCAUCUCCAACUGCUUAGGUCUGCCAUUGCCACACACUGGGUAGGAGAAGUGGAAUCAAGAUGUGCAAAUAUAAUUUUUAUACAGGAAAUUAGGGGGUUGUAGCCUAUCCUGGAAAACUGAUACCCUAAUGCCCAAUUUACAGCUUUCUCGUGAUUAUUCAGUGGGAUGGAAGUGUUUCCAUUUUUGUGCACAAGUUUGGGGGCAUGGGCCCAGGUUCAAAUUUAGGACCCAUCUGCACUACACAUUUAAAGCAGUAUCAUACCACUUUAGACAACCACGGCUUCCCCGAAGGAAUCCUGUGCUGAGCAUUGUUAGGAGACGCCCCCAUGUCCCCUCACAGAGCUACAAUUCUGAAGAGACUGCACCAAAAGAUUUGUGGCAUCUUCUCACAGAUAGGCACAUUUUGUGUGGCAUUCAAGGUACAUGAGGAGGAUUUUGAAUUCUGCACUUGUAAAAAUGCCAGAUCCCGCCCCCCCCAACCAUAAUCUGCAGUUAGAAUAAAUGAUGUUCAUUUAUUUUUGCACGUA